AUGAAACCUAUUCUGGACCACAUCGCUGCCAAUCAGCAGUGGUGGAAUGCCUUUGACGCAACCAAACUGGAAUGCAAGGCCAGACUAAAUAGGAUGGUAAAGCAACUGGAGAACUUCGAGGUCGAAAACUUUGUGCAGAUCGGCUCGAGGUUCUUUUACAUCGAGCAGCAUCACAGAGUCAACUGGUUUUCCGCUACGAGUAUAUGCCGUCGGAUGGGUGGCUAUCUGUCGAGUCCGAGAAGUGAGAAAGAGUUGAAUGGCAUUAAGGAAAAGCUCACACCAGGCCGAAGAUAUUGGCUGGGAAUUUCUGACUCGGCCAAAGAGGGCUUUUUUCUGUCGCAGGACACUGGAAAUAUGGCAUAUUUUUUAAAGUGGUAUGGAGGCCAACCAGACAACAAGGACGACAAUGAACAUUGCGUGGAACUUCGAUCAGAAUAUGAUUUUUUGAUGAAUGACGCUGAAUGUACGAUUAAUUCAUAUUUUAUUUGCGAGGCAAGCGAUGAACAAAUGGAUUAA